UAAGAUUAGCGGGGGGAAAGAGCCAACUCCCUGUUACUGAUUCUCGGAUGGGAUGAUCCCAUCCAUGUGUCUCGGUACUUCCUCCGUCAAGAGACUCGGUCACGGUGAGGUGAUAGACACUCCAUGGUCGUCAGGAGGUCUGUUCAUAGCGGAGAUCCUGGAUGUGGAAACUCCUGUUUUCGUUCGGUCCACUGGGUUACUGCACAAGGCAGUUGGAUUGGUUGGGGAAGGCACCAAGUUCGUGGAGACUCCCCCAUCAUCAUCCGCGUUCGGAACUUGUAGAGAGCUCUUAUCCUUAGCAGCUCUUGAUUUCUGGGCGUUCAACUUCAGCCCCUUAUCCCCUUGAGUAGGGGUCGUGUCCAGGGUAGGAACUGUCCCCUUCACUGUCGCAGCUUGCUUAAACUUGGCCUCUUGUCCAUUUUUCCCGUUUUGGCUUGUAAAUUAUCCCCCGGGAAGAAAAUAGGCCCCUUCUCUAUUUCGGGUUCACCCAACGUCCCCUUCGCAUGGUCCGCCAUGCACGUUAUGUCUUCCUCCACGUGUAGCACUUGGAAUCUGGAACCUGAUACAACAUUUACUUUCUCUUUUUCUUUCUCAUCCCCCGACUGUCCCUGGUGACUCGUUUGUUGGUCUCGGCGUGGGCCCCGAGGCCUGCGUUUAGCAAUCAUCCAUUCGCGAUAAACCGUGUCUGGGACA